AUGGUUACCGACCUCGUGAUUGCUGCGCGGUCGGCGGGUGUGGAGAGGGAGAUGGAGAUCGAGGCAGCGUGGUAUGUUCUAACGAUUUUGCUCAGGAUGGGCCAUCCGGCGAGAAUGGAUGAGAUUGUUCCCAAGUGUAGGUUGUUCCCGGCCUCCGAUGAGUUCUUGCAGUUUCUGUGCCGGAUGCCGAAUUCCCCCUUGUUCCUCGCAGACGGUGGGUUUGUCACCGUCUCAAGUGUGGUGGAGGUAGCGUUCAGGGAGUUCGUCGUCGGGGGUGCCUCACAGUUCGUGCCGAGAGUCACCGUUCGAUUCGCGGGGCCGAAGAAGGCAUGGGAUUUCGGGGAUGUUUACUUCAGGUGUUCGAGUCGGAAGAGGAAGAAAAUGCAUCAGUCGCCGGAUCCCAAAAGGAAGGCUCCGCUGCGACAUUCAAAUGGUAAUAGACCUUCCUGUAUGAUCUCUCAUGGAUCGCCCAUAGUUUCCUUGUUCAUUUCUUCUCCUUUGAUUGGUGUAACUGGUCCUUCUUCUAACGUAGGUGGAUCGGCAGAAGAUGGGCCUACCAGCUAUCUUUUGCCCAUCGAAAAUAUCAUCCAGUCCCCUUUGACAGACAAGGUACCGCUUGAACCGAAUAAGCUUUCGUAUUUUGUGGUAAUGCAAACCAAGGAAGAAAAGAGUGUAAAGCCUGGUUAUGUGUACACAAUUAUGGCUAUUAGAAGAACCAAGAAAUGGUGCUCUCUAGUUUGAUGCUUCUUGUUUGAGUCUGUGUAUCGCUUAUUUUAGGGACAUUCCAGGGAUAAAAUUACGUUUUUUCAUGAAUGUGCGGAUUGACUUUAAAAUUUAUCCGAGGUUUUGAGUCACUUGUCACUAAUUCUUCUUGAUAAUAAUGCAAAUUAGAGGCAUUCACGUACGAAGGUAACACUUUGAAGGCCAUCAGAUCAUCUACGGGGGAGUCCAGAAUCCUGACAUUUUGGACUUAGCUGAAGUUGGAUUGAUAUUUCUCACUUUCCUUUUUUAAAGUCAACUGUCCAGUCCUCUUUUUCUCAUUGUAUGUCAACUUUUGCAGGCGCAUCCUGCAGUUCCUGCUUUAAUGAGGAGAAAUAAUUUAUCAAUGGACAUGAUUGUCACGGAAUGUUCAUCAGGAGUCGUUAAAGAAGGGAUGCAAUGGACGCCACUUCUCAACUGUGACGUUGACCUGUGGCACGAUAGCACUAGGAACUGUGAGAAGAUAGAUCGUAUAGAUGUAAAUUAUUUAGAACCAAGUGUUUCUUCAAAAGAAUGUGACAGAGUAUUAGAUAGUGAAAUAAAAGCAUAUGCAGCUGUAUCAGUAGCCGCAGUUAAUGAUAAUUUUGUUGCGAUGACACCAUGCUCAAUGGUUCAAGAUGAAGUUAAUUCACGGCCUUCAGCACUACUGAGGAACCGUAAAGAGCAAAACAGUGAGAAAGUUAUUAAUUACGGCGACAUUGCAGAAGGGCUAGUUGUUGCUGAUUCGGAGGACAACCUAGAUCAAGCUCAAGCUGAAGGGGCUGUCGGAUCUUCUAGAGUUCUUCUUGACAUCCGUAUGCCUCCAGGUAACAUUCUUGUUGAGUAGAAUUAAUCUUAGACGAAUGUUGAUUUAAAUAUCAGUGCUGAAAUAACGGAAUCUUCUGAACUGACCAAACAGUCGUAAAACUAGAAGCAGCCACAACUUCAUUGCAAUGUGAGUCUUCCAGUUCCCAGAAGCCGGAGGAAAUUUUUUCGGACAGACGGUUGGAUACCAACCCCAGUGUAGGAUUGCUGAAUGAUGCUGAAAUAGAAGAUGACAAAAUCAACAAGAACAAACGGGCAGAAGCUUUGGACAGCAAGCAGAUCUUGAAAAAGCUAAAGAGGACACAGCAUAACAAAAUACAAAAGAAAGGAAACAGGAAUGGAGUUUCCAUUGUUCCCAAGGUAUAUUUGAAGAGCCUAGUUCAGGAUUUAGUAUUUAUUUGUUUAAUUGCAUUAUCUGCUAGAAUUAUCUUUUUUAUGCUUAUACAAACUUGUUCUGUCCUCUCUCUGCAGAAGCAAGUGGAAUCUUCUAAAAAAUUUCCAAAUUUUGAGUCAUUUGUUGUGGAGGAAGAAGAAGGUUCAGGUAUGCAUAAACCACUGUGGCUGUAUUUCUCAUAAGUUCCGUUCGUGCUCAACCUUUUCAAAAAUAUAUUUCUGUGCAACAUGAGCAGGUGGGUACGGUACUGUUUACAGGGCUCGAAGAAAGAAUGAUGGAAAAACAUUUGCUGUCAAGUGUAAGUGAGGCAAACUUGAUCCAUUGUGAUGUUAUGCUGCUGUCUUUCUUAUUUGAAUGUCAGGAUGCCUACCUCGUGUAAUGUUCAUUGUUUACACGGUGCAUCUGGCAUUAGUAGAUAUUUUGUUCUGAUGUUGGAGUUCCUGGAAUGCUUUGAGGUUGUUUUGUUAUUUCAUAAUAUUUGGCAUUAGUAAAUAAUUCCCUGCAUUUGUUGUAGAUUUGAUUUUCUUUGUAGUGCCCGAAAGAUUAGAUCUUGACGGAUUAUUACAAAAGGGUGGGUGCGUUUCCCGUCCAUGUAGACUUCCAAAGCCAUGUGAAACGUUGCCACAUGAUCUGGGAAAGAAAAGUUAGUCAGUUUAGUUCUGGAGGAUGCUUUCAUGAUUUUAACUAAAAGUGAUGCAUUUCUUAAUCUAUUCCAAGGUAGACAAUAAAGUUUCCAGUGACUUCUUUGCAUGCUACCCUCACCUGUUGAAUGUGGUCUUUUUCAAAUCUCUUUAGUAGUUAUAUUUAUUUUGCUAAAUUUGCACAACUCAGGCUGUCGGUAGAGAGUUCAUAUCAUUGCUGCUUCAUAUUUAGUUUAAAAACACCUAGGAGGUCCGUGUCUUCCAAAAACCUGAUCCCUUAAGGUUCAUUCUGGAAAAUGUUAUUUAAGCAAUCUAUGGAAAUUAAAUUAUGAACUAGUUUACUUCAGGAAUUUUAGAAAAUGAAUUAUAUGUCUAGAUUUCUCCUAAAUCUAGAGUAAUAUGUUGCCUUCUAAAAUAGUGAGGUUAUGAUCAUCUUCUUCUCAAAAUUUUUAUUUCCAGUCCCUCAUCCCAGAGCUCACCCGUACCACAUUCACAAUGAAUUGAAGAUGCUGGAAAGAUUUGGGUAAGAGAUCCGCUGGUUAUAUUUCUGUAUCUUCUUAGUAAUGAGGUAUUUCUUAGCAUGAUAGCUGGCUUAUGAUGGCAGAGGGAGGUGCUUUAUUAUUAAGUACGAAGGAUUCUUCAAAAGCGGCAACUCCGAAUGUUUCGUCUUAGAGCAUGUCGAGCAUGACAGACCAGAGGUAAGCAGAGAAAAUCUUCACUAUUAGAAAAUGGUUGCUACCUGGCCAACCGUCUUCUUUCGUUGCUGAAUGCAGGUUCUUAAAAAGGAAAUAGAGGUCUCUGAGCUCCAGUGGUAUGGGUACUGCAUGUUCAGAGCCCUAGCAAGCUUGCAUAAGCAGGUUGAAAUCUUUCGUUUAACGUCACUAGUUCUGCUUAGAUGUCAGCUUCUCACUAUUUCUCCUUCUUUCGCUUCUCUCUCUCUCUCUCUCUAUCUCUCUCUCUUUCCAGGGAAUAGUGCAUAGAGAUGUUAAGCCUGGGAAUUUCCUAUUUUCCCGUAAACAUAACAAGGGGUAUCUCAUCGAUUUCAACCUGGCAUUGGUGCGUUUCGUUAUACUCUUCGUGUUUAACCAGCUCCGGAUUUUAGGGAAUUGUUCUUUCGAAAAUCUCACCAUACCUUCGUGGCUCCUCCUCAGGAUCUGA